GAGAGAGAGAGAGAGGGGGGAAGAGAAGGGCGCCUCACGUGAUUUCCCCGUGUUGAUGUUUAAUUUUCUCCUCCUCUCUUCAUCACCUCCUUCUUCUCGAUUAGACAGAGAGAGGAAGCGAUUCAAGUUUUGUCAUUUACAUCAAAAUAUUUGAGGAAACAAAAAUAUUUGGAGGAAAUCACCGAAAUAAAUGCUUUUGGGUUGACCCUGUUGUUUUCUGGGGUCUUCUAUUUAUUGGAUUUUUUUUGGAGGAAAAUACGCCUUUGGUGAACAUGACAACAACAACACCAACAAUCACAACUAUUGCGCCUUUAGUUCACAUGAGAAUCGAACCAACAUAGGGGAGCGACACGGCUUUGCCAUGUGACCUAUUGGGCUGCCCUGGACAAAUUCAAUUUGAAUCUAAAAAGAAAUUCGUGAAAAUUUGAUCAGAUUUAGCUCAAUUGGGAUUAGGAAUCUGCGGCAGGAAAUUCUAAUUGUAUGAUGGAGGAGUUUGAGGAUGCUGAAGAAGAACUUCCACUUGAGGAAUCCUCUCAAACGACUUCUGAUCCUUUGCCAGAUUCAGUUCCUAGUCACCCAUCUCCUCCUACAUCCAAAAUAACUGAUGAUAAAAAUAAGGAUACACCAUCAUUAGGCAAGAAAAUGUCUGUUUCUUCAGAGAAUCUUAGUGAACAAGGGUCACCAUCAGAAUCUCACAACAUUGCAUCACCUCAUACAUCAGUGGAUCAAGGCAAUGCUGUCUCAAGUUCAGAUACAUCAGGGACCAAAUCUGAGGAUUCCACAGAUUUGUCUUCUCAAAGUAACCAAGUUCCUCAUUUAUCACAUGAUAAGAGCUCACCAAUUUUAACAGAGAAUCCAAAAGACGCAGGAACUUUUUCAUCAGAGGUUCUUGGCAAUUUUUUGCACCAUCCAUCACUGGAAAUAUCUAUUUCACAACAUAAUUUAAAUGGUAGUCCUUCUAUUCAUUCAACAUUAAAUCAGGCCUCACCGAGUUUACCAGAGAUUUCGAGAGAAACCAGAAAUACCGCUGAAAAUGCCACGGCUGUGUCAUCAGAAGCUAAUAGGUCUUCACUACCUCAUUCAUCAUUGGACAAGAGCGCAGACGUUCCACCAGUGAGUUCACAUGAGACAAAUAUUGUUGAAUCAACGCUUUUGUCAUCAGAAGUCGAUAGUAGUCCACCAACUCAGCAACUUGAUGGAGGGAGUUCUGCACAGUAUGUUGAGGUUCAGAAUAAUAAUGACUGCACUGUAAUGGAGGACAUUAAAAAGACUGCAAAUGGACAAUCCUUAAAGGUUAAUAAUCACCAAGUGGAGGUCAGAAAUACUAAAAUUGCUGGGAUUUCUGGAGAUGCAAAGCAAGCAAAUGCAUAUAGAGGCCUUGUUGAUACUACUGCACCUUUUGAAUCUGUUAAAGAGGCUGUUUCCAGGUUUGGAGGUAUUGUUGAUUGGAAAGCUCAUAGAGCCUUGGCCUUGGAGAGACGCAAACGAGUCCAAAUUGAACUCGAGAAGGUGCGAGAAGAAAUCCCAAGCUACAAGGAGCAAUCAGAAGCUGCUGAAGUUGCCAAGACACAGGUACUAGAGGAGCUCAAUAGUACCAAGAUACUCAUCGAAGAGCUCAAGUUGGACCUAGAGAAAGCUCAAACCGAAGAGGCUCAGGCUAAACAGGAUUCAGAACUCGCUCAACUCCGAGCCAAAGAAAUGGAGGAAGGGAUCGCUGAUGAAGCCAGUGUUGCUGCUAAACAACAGCUAGAGGUUGCCAAGGCAAGGCACGAAGCAGCCGUUGUUGAACUAAAGUCUGUGAAAAAAGAGCUUGAGGAUCUACAAAAGGAUUACGUUUCUCUGCUUAGUGAAAGGGAUAAUGCAACGAAGAAAGCUAGAGAAGCUGUUAUAAGAAGUAAGGAGAUUGAGAAGACAGUUGAAGACUUAACCCUCGAGCUCAUUGCAACAAAGGAGUCUCUAGAAUCUGCUCAUGCUGCACAUCUUGAAGCGGAGGAGCACCGAAUUGGCGCAGCCUUGGCAAGAGAACAGGACUGUCUGAAUUGGGAGAAAGAAUUGAAGCAAGCAGAAGAGGAAGUCCAGAAACUCAAUGAACAACUCUUGUCUGUAAAGAAUCUCAAAGAGAAAUUAGACACAGCAUCUUCUUUGUUACUUAGCCUCAAUUCUGAACUAGCUGCUUAUAUGGAAUCUAAACUGAAUCAAGAAUCUGGAAGUGGUAGUAUGGAGCUGGAGGAAGUAAAGGGAAAUAUCGAGAAGGCUAAAAAUGAGGUGAAUUUACUUAAAGCCGCAGAGUCAUCGCUCAAAGCUGAGCUCGAAAGAGAGAAAGCAGGCCUUGCUGCAAUGAGACAGAGAGAAGGAAUGGCAUCGAUAGCAGUAUCAUCAGUCGAAGCUGAGAUCGAAAGAACAAAAGAAGAAAUACAACUAGCUUUAACAAAGGAGAAGGAAGCACGAGCAAAAAUGGUGGAGCUUCCAAAGCUACUUCAAGAAGCUGCACAAGAAGCUGACAUAGCUAAAACCGAUGCUCAAUCAGCACGUGACGAUCUAAGAAAAGCCAAGGAAGAGUUGGAGCAAAUCAAAACAACAGCAAGCACAACAGAAAUAAGAUUGAAUGCAGCUCUCAAAGAGACUGAGGCAGCGAAAGCAUCGGAGAGGCUGGCUCUUCAAGCGAUAAAAGCUUUGCAUGAGAGCGAGGGGGAGGAGUUGAGUGAUGGAGUAACACUUCCAUUGGAGGAGUAUUACAGUCUUAGCAAGAGAGCUCAUGAGGCCGAGGAGCUCGCAAAUGAGAGGGUUACUGGUGCAAUUUCACAAAUUAAUGUGGCAAAGGAGUCAGAGUUGAAAACUGUACAAAAGCUAGAGGAGGCUUAUAUGGAGAUGAAUCAGGAGAAGGAAGCUUUAAGAAUUGCACUGGAGAGGGCUGAGAAAGCUAAAGAAGGGAAAUUGGGUGUUGAGCAAGAACUAAGGAGGUGGAGAGCUGAGCAUGAGCAGAGGAGGAGAGCUAGUAAUGCUGCUCGAAAUAGUAAUUUGCCUCCGAAAAGCCCAGCAAGAAGUUUCGAGAGUGAACCAAAGAGUUUAAUCGACGCUGAUAUCGUUCAUCCUGGACCUAAUGCAAAGGUGUACACAAUGGAGGACAAGGGAGAAAGAGAAGUGGCAGAGGCGAAGGUGAGGAGGAAGAAGAAGUCGUUCUUUCCUCGGCUUGUGAUGUUCUUGGCGAGGAAAAAAUCAGAGACCUUGUGAAAUGAGAAUCAUAUUUUACUGUAUAUGUGUCACAAGUAUUAAUUUGUUUAAUAAAUCAUGUAAUGUAAGGGUGUGUAGUGUAUUGGUAUAGGCAUCAUGAGUAAGUGAAAUUUUCCGAAAAUAGGCAUUUAGUAUAGUGACAGACCGCUCCAAAUCAUCAGCACUUGCUGUCCUUUUUAUAGUUGAAAAUUUGUAAUGUAAUUUGAGCAUGGAAUAAUUUGUGAAAUUUGAUCAGAGCUGUUCUUAUCUUAUAG